AUGCAUCUUGAAUUGAAUCUUACGCGCUCUACCAUUCAAACACUUGAUCUUCAUUCCAAUUUCCUCCAAGGCCAGUUCCCUCUGUUUUUACGAAACUUGAGCUCUUUACAAGUUCUUGAUCUUUCAUUCAACCAACUGAAUUCUUCAAUCCCGUUCAUGAACAACGUUCAAGAUACUUGGAUCUGUGGGUUGAAGCGGUUGGAUCUUUCGUACAAUUCUAUGGGAGGGAGGUUCACGGGGCCAUCAACCAAUGUAUCCGAAUGCGCUCAAUUUUCUCUGGAGACACUGAAUUUAAAUGACAACAUGUUACUUGGUGAAGUCCCAUCCUCACUGGGUAGACUUAAAGCCUUGAGAGAGUUGAAUCUUGGAGGGAACGAGUUAACAGGAAACAUCCCUGAAGUUGUAGGAACUUUAACAAGUUUGCGGGAAUUACGUCUGGAUGAUAACCAUUUAACAGGUUCGAUUCCGAUUUCUAUCAGAAACCUGCUGCGGUUACAAAAACUAGAUUUAUCUGUAAACCUUUUAAAUGGGACGAUUACAUUCCUUCCGGGAGAACUGUCAAAUCUAGAAAUCCUGUCUGUCAGAAACCACCAUUUUCGGAGUAUCCAAGAUUCUGGGCUCUGGAGACUUUGUCAGUUAAAACACUUGGAUCUUUCAUUUAAUUUUAUAGAAGGGGAAUUGACUGGGCCAUCAACAAAUGGAUCCGAAUGUGUCCAAUUUGAUCUGGAGACACUGGAUCUACAUUACAACAAGUUUGGUGGAAAAAUCCCGACAUCACUAGGAAGGCUUACGUCCUUGAGAAAGUUGAAUCUUGGAUGGAACGAGUUAACAGGAACCAUCCCGGAAUCUUUAGGAAAUUUAACAAGUUUGCGGGAAUUAUAUCUACCUUGGAACAAAUUAACAGGUUCGAUUCCUACAUCAAUUGGAAACCUGCUGUUGUUACAAGAACUACAUUUAUCUUGGAACCUGUUGAACGGGACCAUACCAUUCUCACUAGGACAGCUAUCCAAUAUAGAAUUUGUGUAUCUCUACUACAAUUGGUUGUCUGCACUUCCAUUAUCGCUUGGAAACCUCUCAGAACUCAGGCAUCUUGAUAUAUCAAAUAACCAUUUACAAGGGCCUCUUCCUACCAUUGGACGACUUUCCAAACUUGAAUAUCUAGAUAUAUCGAACAAUUCUUUAUCAGGUAUAGUCACUGAAGCCCACUUCACAAACACAUCAAUGUUAGAAUUCUUUGAUGCAACCUCAAACUACAGGUUGAGGUUCAAGAUUUCGCCCAAUUGGAAGCCUCCUUUCCAAAUAUCAAGCCUUCGACUUGGAUCUUGCAAAAUUGAAUCAGAAUUUCCAGAAUGGAUUCGAGCACAAACAUGUCUUGAAUAUCUAGACCUUUCCAAUACUAGUAUUUCUGGACCUCUUCCAGAUUGGCUUGGCGAUUGGCUUGUCGAGCUUCCUCUCUCGUUCCUGGCUCUCUCCAAUAACUUUCUCAACGGUCCAUUGACAAACCUUGUAUCCAGCCACAGCCCAAACUGUUCUAUAGUGUUAGAUAUAUUGCUUCUUAAGAACAACCUCUUCAAUGGAUCAAUUCCAGAUUUAUUGUGUAAUAUGAUGUCAUAUAUAAUGGUUCUUGAUCUUUCUAGAAAUAUGCUUUCUGGGACUCUUCCAAAGUGCUUCGGACUUCUUCCAAACCUGCAGGUUCUGAUAUUAAGUUCUAACCAGCUCUCGGGUGUCAUUCCAAGCUCUCUCGGGAAUCUUGGGUCAUCGCUACAAUGGUUAUCUCUAAACAACAAUAGUUUCCAAGGUGAACUUCCAAAAACUCUAGCAAAUUGCACAAGUUUAGCUUUGUUGGAUUUGGGUGAAAACAGAUUCUCUGGAAGUGUACCAAAAUGGAUUGGUGAAAAUAUGAAGGAGCUUGUUGUCCUCAGGCUACAUAAAAACAGCUUCACAGGUCCAAUUCCUGUAGAGUUGUGUGAAAGAUCCACCCUCCAAAUCAUGGAUCUUGGAGAAAACAAAUUAACAGGAACCAUCCCUCGCUGUUUCAAGAACUUAAGUGGAAUGAUCACAGGAGGCCACAUCAGUAUUUCUUUUUCACGCUCAUACGAACUGAGUUUAACCCAAGUAAUGCAAGGAGUUGUGCUAGAGUAUACAACGACAUUGAGUUACGUUGUCAACAUGGACCUUUCGUGCAAUAAACUGGUGGGGGAAAUACCCAAGGAGUUGGUACUUCUUACCGGAUUGCUUGGUCUUAACCUGUCAAAAAAUCAACUCACUGGUCAUAUUCCGGAAAGAAUUGGUGAUAUGAAAUCGUUAAUGUCUCUUGAUCUUUCCAUAAACCAUCUUUCAGGGAUGAUCCCACAAAGUCUGUCGGCAUUGACGUUUCUUAGCCAUCUGAAUUUGUCACACAAUAACUUAUCAGGAAGAAUUCCAACAGGAAGUCAGCUCCAGACACUCAUUGAUCCAUCCAUAUAUGCUGGUAAUAAUGAGCUUUGUGGUAGUCCGUUGCCGAUCAAGUGCAGCCAUGAUGAUGUCUCAGAAAUUGGAAGAAGUUCUGAGGAAGAUGAAGCCGAUGAUGGCGAUGAGAACAUAUGGAUUUAUGGUGCAACAGGUGGUUUCACAACCGGGUUUAUGGGAAUUGUCGCAAUUCUGGUGCUUAAGAACAGAUGGAGACUUGCUUUCUUCAAUCUUGUGGGUUAUUGCAUCAGCAAGAAACUGUGA